AUGAACAGCAGAGAGGAUUCCGUGGAAGAACUGCCAGAUUACGGUCUGAAAUUCGGCUACGAUCCAUUCUGGAGAGGUCCUCUGCGUGUGCAUCGUGGCUUGACAGACAAGCUGUUUCUUAUUUUUUUGAUCGUCGCAAUCAUCGGCUACGCCGUAUUAUCCUAUUAUGGUUGGCAGUGGAGAUUCUGGAUGACCGACCCAUAUCGUGUGGAAAAAAUAUCCGAAGGCAUGGAAGAAUUUGUGCCAAUGAACAAGUGGGCCGCUGCGACGAAAGCGAUUUUCGAUCAGAGAUGGGUGAUCACCGGUGGCCUCGUGUUGACCGGCGUGUUGUCGAUCUUCUGCCUGAUGCUGAUGCGAGUCUCCGCCUGGGCCGUCAUCUACUCGAGCAUCUUCGUGCUGUUCUCCGUGGUGUGCGCCGGCAUCGCCUAUCUCGCCUACUACUUCGGCAACGACCCAAGCAUCUUGAAACUGGUGUACUUGAUCCUGGCCAUCGGCGGCUUCGUUUUCCUCCUUUUUGUCUUCAAGAUCAAGGCCAAAUUCAUCCCGGUUUGCUGCGAGCUCGUGCGAGAAUCCAGCAGGGUCAUGAUGUUCUUUCCUUCGAUGUUCCUGCUGUCUGUCUUAGUCUGGGGUCUGGCGGGCUGCUUGAUCGGCUGGGGUGCACUGAUUUUCUCAAUCUGGUUAAAAUACCGUCAAUGUGCAGCAUCCUUCGGUAAAGAGGAGAAAGAAGUAUAUGCCUAUCUCUUCGCUCUCUGUCCCUGCGGUGUAGGGAUGGUCGUCGCCCUCUUCGCGUUCUUUCGCAUGGUCGCCGCGGGCUCCUACGGCACCUGGUACUGGACCAUGGACAAGCGCAGAGUGCCGCAUCUCACGCCCAUUAGAUUCAUCCUGAUCGUCUUUCUACACCACUUGGGCACGGCAACGCUCGGCGGCCCGAUCGUCCUCCUGUGCAAAGUUUUCCGAUUUUUUACGGGAAUUUUUCGGUUAUUGGAGGGCAGAGACGUGCCGAACCCGCUCAGUUACAUCUUGCGCGUCAUCACAAUGUUCUUGAACUUCAUAUUUGUCUUCGUUGCGUUGUUCGACCCGUACAGCGACGAGACCUACAUCUUCACGGCCAUGCACGGAGACAACUUCUGCAUCUCGUCCAAGCAGUCCUUCCAUCUCGGCAGGAGGAAUCGCAGCAAGAUCAGGGUUUUGAGACACAUGAUCACGGUGUUGGUGUUGAUCUUCACGUUGGCGGUCUGCACGGUUGUGGGCUUGCUUAUGUGGCUGAUAUUGGCGCAAGUGAUGAAACUGAGUAUAGUUCAAAGCCCGUUUGGCUUGGUCUUCGUCGUCGUGCUGAUCUUCCUGCUGUCCCACAUCCUGUUCAUGCAGCUCGACGUCGCCUCCAACACCCUAUUCUUGUGCGCGUGCGAGGACUACGAGCGCAACGCCGCCAGCCUCAGACCCUACCACAUGACCGAUAAACUGCGCGAGCUAAUAAUCAGCAGAAACUUGCCGGAAUGA